AUGGUAUCCAGGCGAUGCUCGUCUCAGAAGAUUACCAGAUCUGAACCUAUAUCUGCGGACAACUCGAGCUUACUGACUCCUGACACUACACCAAAGCGAUCCUGGCGUAUUGCAUCUGCUGCCCAGCAACAUAUGACAGGAUACCUCAAAUAUUUGACCGACUACACGCCAGCCUCCGGCGAUCAAGUUAUCGACACGCCGACUAAGGGGCGUAUGCCAUUCCAUGGCCGCGGAUCGGUGAACACCAAGAACAUGACCCUGAGAGAUGUUCUGUAUGUCCCAGGGCUUGAGGCCAACCUCGUCUCCACUGGCCAGCUCGCUGAGCUUGGCUACACCAUAUCCAUUGGUCCUUACGGGUGUCACGUCUACAAGGACGACGAGGGCGUGGAUCUUGUUGGAAAAGCGCAUUACGUCGAUGGCUACCUGCUGGAGCUGGAUUUCCUCAGGGUUUAG